GAUCAGUCCAGCUAUGCAUCAUUCUCUUUCUACAGUUCACACCGAUGACAUCCCUCAAACGGACGAGUGGCCUUGAGACCUUUACAGAAAGUCCCCUGAAGAAAUCGAGAGAGUCUCUCAAUACAGUGGAGCCGAUCAUAGAUUUGGAAGGCCCUGACGACUUCGAAAAAGCUGCCAAGAGAUGGCGAAGGUCGGACGGGCUUUGGUCGAGGUCUCCAAAUAGCCCAGGUCAGAGCGACCAAGAAGAUGAUUCAGGUACGCAAGACCUGUCGAAUCGAUUGGCGCCGCUUUCGUUUCCUACUACGUCUGUUUGCUUUGGAAUGAUCCACAAUGCCAAUACAAAAAUUAUGGACACUGAUGGCCCACCAAUCAGCCAUCUUGAUGGCGUCCCAUCCUUCUCAAUCUUCGAUGAGCUCAACAUGUCGUUCAAAGGUCAAGCAGUCUUCGUUGGGUUCUCCUCCGAACAAGAUACUGCGGUUAUGAACGAGGAGACCAGCCGAGUCCUUCGAGAUCUCUCCAGCUUUGAUUCAUGCCGCUUUCAAGUGUUCCUACGAGGAGGUUCGCGGAACUUGUCGCGUAAAACCCUCAAGGAUGCAGACAAAGACAGAUUUAUGCCUGUAGACAUCGUCAUAUACGGGUCUCCUGAGAUUCGAAAGAGUGUUGGUUGUCUGCUUUCAUCUGCUCGAAUUUAUUUACAACACCCGUGCCAUCAAGACCCCAAGACCGAGUACGACAAUCCCCAUUUUCUGAAUUUGACUGACUUCUCCACCACAUCCACUCUUUCCCGUCCAAUCUCUGAAGCCCACACCCCCCUGGAAAUUUCUGAGACUCCAAUCGUCUCUUCUGGCGAGUCCAGCGGAGAUAUGAGAAUGGCAGAGACUCUUCAGGCCCAGCUUGCCAAAGUCUUCGGCUCAUUGACCAGAUAUAAGACAUUGAAACGCUUGGCGGCUGAUAUCAAGAUAACCACACCUUUAUUGCCGCACCAAGAAGAAGCUCUGGAUUUCAUGGCUCAACGAGAGCUGGGGCCAAUUCUGACAGAUUUCUCUCUUUGGUCAAAGCACGAAAGAGGAAGCGAUACUUGUUAUGAGCAUGUCAUAACGGGAGUAAGGACUGCUGAGCCUCCAAUUGAGACGUUGGGCGGGAUAUUGGCAGAUGAUAUGGGACUUGGCAAAACAUUGACCGUCCUCUCUACAAUCCUACGCACUGCUAAGAUGAGCAAGUCUUACGCGGAAGAAAACAAUGAAACUAUAGCAGCGUCAAAAUACGACCGGAGUGAUACACAUAAGAUCUUCUCAAGGGCGACUCUCGUCAUCGUACCUUCAUCGCUCCUGAUCAAUGGGUGGAUAGAAGAGAUAUACGCACACUGCAACGGGUCCUUGAAUAUUCACGUAUACCAUGGGCGGAGUCGGGAAAUCGAUCCUAAAUCUCUUGCCGACUGGGAUCUGGUUCUUACCACGUAUCAUACUGUUGCUACUGUAGCAAUUCAGUCACCGGCAGCACUGAACGAGAUCACGUGGUUUCGAAUUGUGCUUGAUGAAGCACAUAUAAUUCGCCGCAUGACUACCAAGCUCUGCCAAGCAGUGUCCAGGUUAUCUUCGAAGUUCCGCUGGUGCCUCACCGGGACCCCUAUCCAGAAUAGCCUCGAGGAUCUAGCAUCGCUUGUUGCCUUUAUUCAAAUUUCGCCUCUGCACACACUUGCUGAAUUCAGGAAGCACAUUACCACACCCUUAUUGAAAGGGAGGGACCAAGGCUCGAAUAGUCUUCGCAUUCUUUUGGACUCCAUUUGUUUACGAAGGACGAAAAAGCUGUUAAAUCUCCCCGACAGUUUUGAUGAAGAUCGACGGAUAGAUUUCACUUCACUUGAAAUGAAAUUCUACAAAGAAACCCAGGCCGAAAUGAUUGCUACAGUCAAGCAGCAUGAUAGCCGAGCACGAAACUCCAAGGACUACUUCGGCAUGUUUCAGCUCCAAUUGCAACUACGCCGUCUCUGCAAUCACGGUACUUUUCAGAAAGCCCUCUCCAAAUCCCCAGCCGAAGAUUUUCAGUUUGAUCCUGAGCAAGCGUUUGAGUUUCUUCAAGAGAAAGGUUUGGCAAAAUGCACCCACUGCAAUGUUGUGGUUGGAGGAAUCAAAAGAAUCGAAGACAAAUGCAGCGGCAGCUUUACCGUAUGUGGACAUCUAUUCUGUUCGGAAUGUGUUCCUAAAUACAAGGCUGCCCUUCGAAGUAUUGCUAGCUCUAGUCGCCAAUGCUCGCUUUGCUUGCGGAAAGUCCCCGAGAACUGCAUUGCAGAGUGUGAUCUUGAUACGGAGGGCAUUCGAACCAUUCUUUCCCCGACAUUGUUCCCCUUUGAUGGGAGUAGCAUUUCUUCAAAGGUUACAACACUCAUCAACGAUCUCAAGGCCAAUGACACUGAAGGCAAGAGCAUUAUCUUUUCAUGUUGGACGCGGUCUCUGGACCUCGUUUCACAACAUCUUGGGCUGCAGCAGAUCAAGUAUGCUCGAAUCGAUGGCACUUAUUCGUUGUCUCAAAGGCAAAAGAUUCUUGGAGAUUAUCACACAGAUGCUGCUACACGGAUAUUGUUAAUGACUACUGGAACCGGAGCGGUUGGACUCAACCUCACAAUAGCGAAUUGCGUGUAUAUCUUAGAGCCACAGUGGAACCCAAUGGUCGAGAAUCAAGCCAUUGGUCGGGUUUUGAGACUUGGUCAGAGCAGAAACGUCAAGGUUGUACGCUAUAUAGUGAAGGGAACUGUGGAAGAGGGAAUGCGAUCUCAGCAAGCAAGAAAACUAGGCUUUGCAAAACUUGGAUGGAAGGAGAGCCAAUGAGCAGUUACAUCGGUGUCUAAAAGGGAUUGAUAUGCGUAAAUAUUGGGAAGAAUUAAGUACUUAUCUUGAACAGGUUACAAGUGAGCAAGGCUCUAGCUUCGCAGCCCUGUCUAGGCGAAUGUAUUUUCCUCGCGAGUUUCUUGAUUCGAGAAAAGGGCGAGACAAGCGAGGUCACAUGAUAAGUAAAUGAUCGCUGCUGAGGACUAUGUCGCGUGAAACCUAGUCAGUCAAUUUGAAAUGAAGCUUUC